ACAAAGGAAGACACGCCAUGAUUCAGUGAAGUCUCAGAGCAAUCUAGGUAGGCAUUCCUGUUCAAUUCUUGCAGCGUUUGCCGCAGAGCCAUGGCUCAACUGUUGCAGGAUGAAGUUCACCAGCACGGCCUCCUCCAUGAUCUGCUGCACGAAUCGCCUCCACGAGCAGCACUGGUCUACUACUCACUCCUGCUCGCCUGCCCUGCAAUCCUCCUCCUGCUGCUGCGCCGCCUCACGACGUCGUCGGCCACCGCGAGAGCACGAGAGCGGCUGCUGAGCAGGCUCCCUUCGCCUCCGCGCAGGCUGCCCGUCAUCGGCCACCUGCACCUCAUCGGGUCCCUCCCGCACGUCUCCCUCCGCGACCUCGCCGCCAAGCAUGGCCGCGACGGCCUCAUGCUCCUCCGCCUCGGCGCCGUCCCGACGCUCGUCGUCUCGUCGCCGCGCGCGGCGCAGGCCGUGCUGCGCACGCACGACGAGGUGUUCGCGUCCCGGGCCUGCUCCUCCGUCAACGACAUCCUCUACUACGGCUCGAGCGACGUCGCGUCCGCCCCCUACGGCGAGAACUGGCGCCAGGUAAAGAAGAUCGCCACCACGCACCUCCUCACCAGCAAGAGGGUCCGGGCCUAUCGCCACGCCCGCGAGCAAGAGGUGAGGUUGGUCAUCGCCAAGAUCCGCAAGGCGGCCGCUGCAGGCAUGGCCGUCGACUUGAGCAGCCUGCUCAACUUCUUCACCAACGACAUCGUGUGCCACGCCGUGUCGGGCAAGUUUUUCAGGGAGGAAGGCCGGAAUGAGCUGUUCCGGGAGCUGAUUGAGUCCAACUCGUCGCUCACGGGGGGUUUCAACAUUGAGGACUACUUCCCAUCCUUGGUGAAGCUGGACACCAUCAAGAGGAUAGUGUGCGCUAAGGCUCAGAAGGUGAACAAGAGAUGGGACGAGUUGUUGGAAAAGCUCAUUGAUGAUCAUGAAAGAAGGUCGGCGUCACAACAUGGGGACGAGGAUAGCAACUUCAUUGACGUGUUGCUCUCUGUUCAGGAAGAGUACAAGCUCACAAGAGACCACAUAAAGGCGCAACUGGAGGUCAUGUUCGCAGCUGGCACAGAUACAUCAUUCAUAGUGCUAGAAUAUGCGAUGGUUAAGCUCAUGACCAAGCUACAAACCAAGGUGAGGAUGGCUAUACCAAAGGGGAAAGACAUGAUUACUGAAGAUGAUCUGAAUGCCAAUGACAUAGCCUUCUUGAAGGCAGUCAUUAAAGAGACACUCCGACUCCAUGCACCAGCUCCGCUUCUUGCGCCCCACCUCUCCAUGGCUGAUUGCGACAUAGAGGGCUACACAAUACCUUCCGGGACACGUGUCAUCGUCAAUGCCUUUGCUCUUGCUAGGGAUCCUAGCCAUUGGGAGAGAGCAGAAGAGUUCAUGCCAGAGCGGUUCUUGGAAGGCGGCAGCGCCUUUGCUAUGGACUAUAGGGGAAAUGAUUUCGCCUACCUUCCAUUUGGAUCCGGGCGAAGGAUUUGCCCAGGUAUAGGCUUUGCAAUUUCUGCUAUUGAGGUCAUGCUAGCGAACCUCAUGUACCACUUCAACUGGGAGCUGCCACCUGAAUCGAAGGAUAGAGGGAUUGAUAUGUCAGAAUCAUUUGGGGUGACCGUGCACCGGACGGAGAAGCUUCUCCUUGUCCCUGUACUGCCUCAAGAAUAAUUCGGUAGUCAUGUAUGUGAGUGUUGGGAGCUUGUUAGGCAUAAGUGUGCCGAAUGAAUAAAGGGUUGCCAAACCAUGACGUUGUGUGA